AUGCUGGGCGAUGACAUUUAUCAUCUCAUCCAGCGCGGGGAUUACGAGGAUGACCUGAAUCGGGUGCUUGCGGUGGGGUUCCCGGUGGAUAAGCCCGACUACACGGGGUGGACGGCCCUCCACUAUGCCGCCCACAUGGGGCGCACGGGCUGCCUCUCGACCCUGCUCGAGUGCGGGGCCGACGUCAACGCGCUCACGUCACGCGAGGGCCAGACGGCCCUGUUCCUGGCCGCUCGCGGCGGCCACCUGCCCUGCGUACAGCUGCUCCACGCCUACCACCGCUGGGCCGUGGCCGAAGCCACCCAGCUCGGUCGGGCAGCUGCUGUCGAAGACGCAGAGCAGCUGCUGCCUGCCGCCGCAGGCCUGGACACGAGCGGCACCGCAGAGGAGGAGUUCGGCCGGUGGACGCCGCUACAUAUCGCCGUGCAUUGCGACCAGGUGAGCUGUGCGCACUACCUGAUGGCGCAUUCGCUGGUAGACAUCAAUGCCAGGGACUAUUACGAUCGUACGGCCUUGCAGCUGCUCAUCGAAAAGAGACUCAACCCCGCUCUCACCGUGUGGAUGGUCCUUCGUGGCGCACGCGUGCUGUCCAAGCCCAGCGCGCCGCCCAUGUGGGACUCGACGAAGCUGGACCUGGACCACAUGGUGGACACUUUCGACCCCACCGUGAAGCAGUGGAGCUCUCGCGCUAACGAGAAGGUCGCCAUGGCCCAGCCGCAACACGACGCUUGUUUCGUGGUCGAAGGGAAGCGACUCUACGCCGAAAGGGCAGUGCUGUGCGCCCGCUCCACGUUCUUUGCCGGCAUGUUCGGCUCGUCGAUGAAAGAGGCUGUCGAGGGCGAGGUGGAGCUGGAGAGCACCUACAACGCCGUCUUUGCCAUGCUCGAGUGGAUGUACACCGGUUGCAUAUCCACAGAUAACUUUGACGACAUUCUCCAGCUAUGGCAGAGCAGUCACAUGUACGACAUGGAGGCGCUGCAAAAUUAUUGCCAGAAGCGGCUGCUCAAGCUGUUCGAGGCGCGAAGCAAGCAGCUGGGCGAUCACUCGGCCCAGGAGACGUGGAACUACGCGCUGGCACUCUUCAAGGCCACCGAAGGAGGAAGCUCUUUCGAUAGUGCGCUCAAAGCGAUAAGCGGCAUCUACCUAUUGGGUCACCUGGAAGCCGUGCUUCAGAGGGGAGACCCCAUCGCUUUCGUGGGGCGGCUGUUCGCAGCUGUGGAGCGGAAGGCCUACGACCCCGCAUCGUAUCCAACUCUGCCGGAGAUCGAGGCCGAGAUCGCCUUCUUUCGCAGGUACAAGCGGCUCCCCAAGGGCCAGAGGGAGAUCAUCAACGUGCAGGAGAUGGAAGAGAGGAAGAAGGGCAAGUGCCUCCUGUGGUUUGAAGAGGCGACGAGCGAGGGAGUCGAAGGCUGGCGCGAGACGCUCGCCCAGCUCCGGAUGCUGCGCCAGCUCGAAGAGGACUGCUUCUUCUUCGACGGGCGGAAGCCGCACCGCUGCUUCGAUCUCAUUGCAGGCACCGGGAUGGGCGGCGUAGCAGCGAUCUGCCUCGGUCGGGCACAAAUGGCGGUACCUGCAGUGGAGGCGCUGGUGUGCGAACUGGUUGCGGCCGCGGGUGACCUGGGAGGAGGAGGGUCGUGGCUUUCAUACGUCGGCGGUAUGAUGGACUGGGGCGGCGAGACCACACGCGCGCACUUAGCGCAGCGCGUGCGCGAGAUCGUGGAGCGACAUCUGGCAGCUUCCCACCAGUCCCAGCAGUCGCUCUCGCUGGUGGGUCUCACCGAUGACUACGACCACCUGCGCCUGUGCGAGAUGCAAGACCUAGACGAGGAGACGCACCCCAGGGACGACCGGGUCAAGGUACUAGUCAUAGCGAAGCGUGCCGGUGCCAGCAAGGACGUCAGUCGAGCCGACAACAGGCGCGAACUCUUCCUCAAGCUCUACGGCGACCGAGUGGCUGCGCGAUCGGGCAGUAGCGAAGCUGGGGUGAACCUGACCGACGUGAUCGUGGCCGCCCUGGCUGCCGCGUCGCCCGGCCUGUUGAACCCAGUGAAGCUCGCCGAUGUGGUGGUGGGCGGUGAUGGAGCCCAAGGCGCCAGCAGUGGUCUGGGCGGUCGGGGACGCGACACGCUGCUCGCGGAGAUGCAGAAGCUGUGGCCGCGGUGGGAGCUCAAGCUGCUCCUCUCGCUGGGGUCCGACCAGGCGCCGGCAUCCGCCCAGUCGUCGUCGUCGUGGUCUUCGCCUUCGUUGCUCCCGUGGGCGUGGUCGGUGCUGGCCGACCACAUGUCCUCGUUUGCCGGCUACGUGAGUCGCGAUCGGGGCAAGAACGUGUGGGACAAGGCUCACGAGCGAUGCCUCGACCGCACCAACGCCGACGAUGCGGGCUACACGGUCGGUGACAAGGUGGCCACCGUGCUGGCCGUGGAGGGCUGGCGACCGCUACGUUCAUGCGACUACGACGACGACGACAAGGCCACGAGUGCGACCCGUCGAAGCCGGCCCACCAGAGAUCUGCUGCGCCAGUCCAUUGCCGCCUUCGUGCGGAUGAGCGAGGAGUCAGACAGCGACGACCAAAUCGACGACGACAGCGACGCAGCGAAGAAGACGAAAAGGUGGAACCUGCUCCACCUGCACCCUUCGUCAACGACGGGCGACACCACUUCGUGCCAAUCGGACAAGGAAGUCCUGCACGCACUGGCAGCCAGGGUCAAGCAGUCCAUGCGCCAGAUGGAGCUG